CCAUUUUCCUGCUUCCGUCCUCUGCACCAUUGAGCGUGCUGGGGGUUCGCACCUCAGGAACUCUUCGUGUGGCAGGGAGGAGGGAGCCCAGGGACAGGAGUCCCACCUGGAAGAACAGCGCUUUUACAGAGACCUCACCAGAGCUUAGAACAGAUGGAGAAGAACCCAGAAAGCAGAUCCUGAUUUGCUGCACCAGAAGCAGUUCUUUUUUUUUCCCUUCGACCAACAAGUGGAACCAGACAGAAGCAGUUCUUAAUCCCCUGACCCAGAGAGAGCCAGACGUGGUGAUGUCGCCACAUCCAGAAACCAUCACAGACUGUGUGACAGUGAACUCUGUGGACCAAUGUGCAAAAGCUUAUCCUUUACAGUUGUCCCCACUCUUCCAAGAGCAGCAGAAAAUGAACGUGUCUCAGGCAUCGGUGUCAUUCGAGGACGUGACUGUGGAAUUCACCUGCGAGGAGUGGCAGCAGAUGGGCCCUGCUCAGAGGAAUCUGUACAGAGAUGUGAUGCUGGAGAACGACAGCCACAUGGUCUCAGUGGGGUACUGUGUUUUCAAACCAGAAGUAAUCUUCGGGUUGGAGCAAGGAGAAGAGCCUUGGUUCUCAGAGGAGGAAUUCUCAAACCAGAGUCACCCAAUUUUAGAACAUUGCAGAGAUGAUGACCUGAACAAGAAGAACAAGAAAAUCAAAGAAAAACACUUGCAGCAAGUAAUACUCACCAAAAAUAAAACAUUGACUAGAGAGGAAGAGGAAGAGGAAAUUUUGGGAAAACCUUUUAAUCUGCAUAUAGCUCCUGUUUCUUCAACAAAAAUAUCCUGCAAAUGUGACUCAUGGGGAAUAAAUUUGAGAACUAUUUCUGAAUUUAUCAUUAAUAAUAGAAAGCAUUCAGCAAAGAAGCUAGGUUGCCAUAAUGUAUGUGAGAAUUUGCCUUUCAAAAUUAAGUUUGAGAAAACUCAGACUGGAGAGAAAUUUUAUGAAUAUAGUAAAAACAUGAAAGCUCUCAGUUAUAAUGAAAAUCUUCCUGAUCAUCAGAAAUUUCAAACUUUGGAGCAAACUUUUGAAUGUAAUGAAAUUGGGAAAGCCUUUAAUGGUAAGGCCAACUAUGUUAAACAUAAGAAUUCUCACACAGGAGAAAAAUCCUGUAAAGGUGAUGAAUUUAGGGAAAACUGUGAUAAGACAAUUCUUUUUGACCACAGCAGAACUUGCACAGGGGAGAAAUACCCUCCUCUUAACCAAAAUGGGAAAUCCUUUCAGAAUUCAGCUGUGAAAGAAUACAAUAAAUUUAACAUGCCUGUGAAACAUUAUGAAUGUAAUGCAAGCGGAAAUAAUUUCAACAGGAAAUCCCACCUCACUCGACCUCAGAAAACUGUCACAGAAGAGAAUCCAUUGGUAUGUAAUGACAGAAAAGAAACUGGGAAUAACUCCUUUGAAUAUCAUGAUAAGAAAUCCUACCAAACAUCAGUCCACAAAGUACGCCAUAGAACUCACUCAGAGGUAAAACCCUAUAAAUGUAACGAAUGUGGAAAAUCUUUCUGUCAGAAAGGACAUCUCAUUCAGCAUCAGAGAACUCACACAGGAGAGAAACCAUUUGAAUGUAAUGAAUGUGGAAAAACUUUCUCCCAGAAGUCACACCUCAGUACACACCAGAGAAUUCACACAGCAGAGAAACCCUAUAAAUGUAAUGACUGUGGGAAAACAUUUGUCCAGAAGUCAACCCUCAGGGGACAUCAAAGAAUUCACACAGGAGAGAAACCCUAUGAGUGUUGUGAAUGUGGAAAAACCUUUGUUCAGAAGUCAACCCUCAGAGAUCACCAUAGAAUUCAUACAGGGGAGAAAUCCUUUCAAUGUAAUGAAUGUGGAAAACCUUUUGGCCAGAAGUCAAACCUCAGAAUACAUCAGAGAACUCACAGUGGGGAGAAAACUUACCAGUGCAAUGAAUGUGAAAAAUCUUUCUGGCGAAAAGACCAUCUCAUUCAACAUCAGAAAACCCACACGGGAGAGAAACCAUUUAAAUGUAACGAAUGUGGGAAAACUUUUGCCCGGACAUCAACCCUCAGAGUGCAUCAGAGAAUUCACACUGGGGAGAAACCAUUUAAAUGUGACGAAUGUGGGAAAAAAUUUGUCCGGAAGGCAAUCCUUAGUGAUCAUCAGAGAAUUCAUACAGGGGAGAAACCCUUUCAACGUAAUAAAUGUGGGAAAACUUUUGGCCAGAAAUCAAACUUUAGAAUACAUCAGAUAACUCACAGUGGGGAGAAAUGAAUGCAGUGAAUAUG